CCCGAGCAACCCCUCAAAAGAAAAGUGCAAUUGAAGGUGCCGCAUCGAGCGUGAUAGGAUAAUUGGGAUUGCAACAGUAAAGAACUCACCUGGAAGAGCCGCUGGAAGGCGUAGUAGCCGCAGGACAACGCCACAAAUAUCCAAAAUACACCGUUUAUCAGUAAUAUGUCAUCCGCUUUGGCUAAAAUCGAGGACUUUCCCUCUGAUCCCGUGGAGUUUUUUAAGAAUAUCCUGCAGGCUGUUACCUAUGAACAUCCCGAUGGAUAUAUGCAAGAGAUGAACCUGGCCACCGUUGACGACGAAUUUGGAGUUCUUAAUCGAACUGUUCUGUAUCGAGGACUUACCGAAGAUAAUUGUGUGUACUAUAUAACUCAUCGAUAUACCCGCAACUUUAAGAAUCUUCGAGUCAAUCCCAAGGCCUGCAUUACCUUCUAUUUGCCAACGGUCAAGGAUAAAACUGGAGAGCAGAGUACCUGGCAGGUGCGACUGAUUGGGGCCACCGCCGUAGAGCUUCCCGAGAGUGCAAUGGAUGCAUUGUGGGCCAAGGAGAAUUUAAGUGCUCAAAUCAGAGGUCAUAUUUGUCCCUGCGGAGAACCCAUUAACUAUGAUGAUCUUAAGGCAAAGCACGACCAAUUCCUCCUGGAGCACAAGGAAAAAGCCAUCGAGAGACCUGCUAGCUAUACUGCCUUGAAGUUCCAGCCGCAGCGAUGGGAUUUCCUGAAGGUGGGACUUGAGCAAAUCGCCGAUCGGGUGCAGUAUCGUCUCCAAGGCAACGGAAAAUGGGAGUCCAUGCACGUCUCAACUUAAAAGGGGAAUCAUCCCAACACUUUUAUAAUACAUCCUAAUUUAGACAAUUUCAUUUUAUUCAACAAUAUCUUUCUACAAACAGCUAAACGUAAAUACUAACAACUAAAUUUGCUUCCUUUUUGACAUGUUUAACAUACAAUUACAACAUAGUUAAUAAAUAUUACACAAAACAGCAAAAAAAA